AUGUUAUUGCAAGUAUAUGUGCUCGACACAACUGAGGUUAUUGUUCGAGAUCACACAUGUGCGAUGUGUCAUGUAACGAGGUUACGGCACUCGAGACAUCUCGAUGGGUACCUGCCAUUGCACUCGUCCUUCACACCAGCGACGUCACCGAAGCUAGCUGUGAAAGAUAACCACAAACCCUUGUUCACCGAGUGCCUAAAUUAUAGGCCGACGUUGAAAGAAGAACAGCCUGUCGGAACUUAUGUGUUUACGGUCCAUGCAGAGGAUCGAGAUCCACCGGAAAUGGGAGGGACGGUUACAUAUAAAUUUGUUUCAACUCCUGGUGAGAAAGAGAGAUUUCACGUCGACCCAGAAACAGGAAGAAUUACUACAGCGGAUAUUUUUGACCACGAUGAGCCAUCACGUGAAAAGGAAGCAUAUAUUACUGUACGAGCAAGUGACAAUGGGCAACCACAGCUAGAUGAUGCGUGUACGAUCAAAAUUUUAAUAGAAGACAUCAACGACAAUCAGCCGGUGUUCGACAAAGUUGUCUUCCGAGGAGACGUUUGGAAGUCGUAUUCGGAGUCAGUCCCUCAAGAUUUACCCAGUGGUCGCGAGGUGAUGCGAAUAUCAGCGACAGAUAUCGACGAUGGGAACAAUUCCAUCGUGCAUUAUAGCCUAGAUUCCAAUUCGCCAGAUCAGGCUUACUUCUAUAUAGAUCCAGACAAUGGUGUAAUAUUUUUGAAUAAAACCAUUGACAAAGUACCAGGCUACAAAUUCAAGUUGAGCGCGAUAGUAAAAGACAUGGGUGAGCCGCCGCAACAAAGUUCGAUCACUUUAGACAUCCAAGUCGUUGAGUCUAACAAGAAAAGCCCGUCUUUUAUAGAAGUGCCCGACCAGCCGAUAAGAUUAAAAGAAAAUUACGCGGACUUCAACACACCAAUAGCUACUGUUCGAGCGGUAUCAAAUAUACCAGAAGAGAAAAAAUUACAAUUUGAAUUAGUGAUGGGACAAACAGAACAGACAAACAAAUGGCAUACAUUUGUUUUGGAACCUGAAGCUGACUCAGCGUAUAUAAAACUUGGAAACCAUUUGGAUUAUGAAAAAAUAACUGACUAUACGUUAACUGUCCGGAUACAGAACAAUUACAAAUUAGCGGCUGAAACAAUAAUCCAAAUAGAAAUAGAAGAUGUAAAUGACAAUAUUCCUAUAUUUAGUGAAAUUAGAUCGGGUAGUGUGUUAGAGAACGAGCCGCCCGGCACUCCUGUGAUGCAAGUUAGGGCAUUCGACGCUGACGGUACAUCAGCUAACAACCAAGUAUCUUACGAACUAGGCGACCCAUCAGAUCCCUUCGCAAUCGAUAGUAUCACUGGAAAUAUAACAACACUUAAAAUAUUUGAUAGAGAAGAGCGUAGCUUUUACAAUAUUAAAAUUAUAGCUACAGACAAUUCUGAAUCAGCCCUUAUACCGGGAAAGCAUAAUGCCGGCCAACAAGUGUUUUUAAUAGAGAUAGCAGAUAAAAAUGAUAAUCCACCGCACUUCACUCAAGAUACGUACGUUGCAGAAUCGAUAGCUGAGAAUGCUAAUAUUAACGAACUUGUUACGCAGGUUACCGCUUUGGAUACAGAUACAGCGUCCGUGGUUACGUACAGUAUUGUAGCGGGUAAUACCUACGAUGCAUUCGUUAUUCGGAACUUCACUGGCGAAAUACGUGUUAAUAACGAACUCGAUUAUGAGAAUAUAACCAGUUAUAGCUUAGAUGUUAGAGCCUUUGAUGGUAUAUACGAAGAUUAUGCCAAAGUACUUAUUAAGAUUGAGAAUUUAAACGACAAUCCACCGGUCUUUUUGGCUAAUUACACUAAGACUAUAGAAGAAGAGAAGCUGUAUGAAGGAUGUAUUGUUAAGGUUGAAGCCUACGACCCAGACUUAGAUAGAAAUGAACCCCAGAAUAUAGUAUAUUCAUUAGUGAAACAUGAACAGAAAGAAUUUCUCCAAAUCGACAAUGACGGGUGUCUUCGCCUAACAAAGCCGUUAGAUAGAGACCAGCCAUCGGGUUUCACCAGAUGGCAGAUCCUCAUAAUGGCUGCUGAUCAUGGAGGAAGACUUGGAUCAGACAGCUUGAGGUCCACUACCGAAGUUAUACUGGAAUUAACAGAUAUAAACGAUAAUGCACCCUUUUUGACUAAUACGCAACCAGUUAUUUGGUACGAGAACGAAGCACCAGGUCAGGUGGUUAUUCUUACAGCGAAAGACUACGAUUCAGCGGAAAACGGUCCGCCGUUCACUUUCGCGCUCAACGAGUCAGCGAGCUUCGAUAUCCGAUCCAAAUUCCACAUACAGGGAAAUAUUCUAUCAACGCUCGUUUCAUUCGAUCGUGAGCAGCGGAAAGAGUACAAAAUACCGGUGGCCAUCACGGAUUCCGGUACUCCACGUUUGACGGGCGUUUCAAUACUGCACGUCGUGAUCGGCGAUAGGAACGACAAUCCCAUGGGGCCUGGACAUAGCGACAUAUUUGUGUACAAUUAUAAGACGGAAACGUAUUUCAACGAAAUAUACAGCUGGCGAUAUUACGGUGAAGCACCAGAUACAGAAAUCGGUCGAGUGUUUGUCAAUGAUCCAGACGAUUGGGAUUUACCAGAUAAACGGUUUAUGUGGUUACCGUCAUAUGAACAGAGAAGUCCAUAUUUCGAUGUUCAUAGCAACACCGGUAUGAUCACUAUGAAGGAAGGAACACCUAAUGGAACAUAUUUAUUACAUUUCAAUGUGACUGAAGAAAACGAGCCUUUAGUACCGUUCCAUUGGGUAGAGGCAACUGUCAACGUAUCUAUAAAGGAGAUUCCUGAAGAAGCGGUCGACAAAUCCGGCUCAAUCCGUUUCGUGAACGUCACGGCUGAGGAGUUUAUUAUUCCUGAGGCAGAUGGUACGAGUAAAAAGGACAAGUUACAUCGUCGUCUUUCUGAACUCUACAAUAAAUCAAUGGACAAUGUAGACGUAUUUACGGUAUUUAGCAAAUUGACUGUGAAAGAUGCUUUUUUGGACGUCCGGUUCUCUGCCCACGGUUCGCCGUACUUCGAAGCAGAGAAGUUGGACAGCAUGGUUAUUGGGAUUCAAGAAAAGCUGGAAGAAGAACUACAUGCGAAGAUAUAUAUGGUGAAGAUCGACGAGUGUUUGAUAGAAAAAGAACAAUGCGAAGAUUCGUGUCGAAAUGUAUUAAUGAAGAACAAUGUCCCUCUUUCCGUGUACACGAAUACUACGAGCUUUGUGGGUGUUUCAGCGAGAGUCGAGUCCGAAUGUACUUGCGAAGUGGAUGAACCUCUCAUCUGUUUGAACGGAGGUACACCAUUCGCGGAUAAAUGCGAGUGCCCCGAGGGUUGGAAUGGUCCUCGUUGCGAGCAAACAAGUAUAGGAUUUCAUGGGGAUGGAUGGGCGAUGUAUCCUGCACCACCCGCCUGCCACGAGGGACACGUCACACUCACUGUGACUUCGCAUACUAGCAACAGUCUUAUCUUCUAUGUAGGACCGCUGAAGUAUAACCCGUUGCUAGAUGUGCAAGAUUUUAUGUCUUUAGAACUUGUGGAUGGCUUUCCGAUUCUUCUAGUUAACUACGGGUCAGGCACAACUCGUUUGAACAACAGUGUUGUACACGUGGCUGAUGGCAAACCGCAUCUUAUUGAGAUCGUUCUUAUGAGAAGUUCCAUAGAAAUGUUUGUAGAUAGAUGCAAGUUGUCAACCUGUAUGAGCCUAGCAGCUCCCACUGGACCGAGGGAAAUUUUAAAUGUAAAUGGGCCAUUACAGCUUGGAGGGGCUAGUAUAGAUCUACAGAGCCUCGCGCGAUCGUUCGGAUGGCGGCACGUUCCCACAAAUCAGCACUUUAUGGGCUGUAUCAGUAAUUUUACGUAUAACGAUUUUAUGUACAACUUGGGCAGACCAUCAGUAGAACACAAUGCCGAUCCUGGCUGUCAAAAGAGUGUAUUUACUGCAAUCACUUUUGGCAUCGACACAAAUUUCCUGGUCGCUAUUCUCGUUUGUAUAGCGAUUUUAAUAAUCCUCCUCCUAGCGGUGGUCGUCCACAGAAAGCGAGCAGAUGCGUGGGCAGAAAAGGAGCUAGACGAUAUAAGAGAAAAUAUCAUUGCGUAUGAAGACGAGGGCGGCGGCGAGGGGGACGCGGGGUACGACUUGCACGUGCUACGGCAAAUGUAUGACGGCCCGCUGCCAGAUACUGAUGCUACGUUUAUGCAUGCCCCAGGUGUAGUAGGAGCAGCACCGGAUUUAUCCGGUUUCUUAGACGACAAGAAAUCCGUCCUAGACAGAGAUCCGGAUAUCAACCCGUACGAUGAUGUACGACACUACGCGUACGAAGGCGAUGGUAACACCAGUGGGUCACUAUCGUCUUUAGCCAGUUGUACCGAUGAUGAGGACCUUAAAUUCAACUAUCUCUCUACAUUUGGGCCGCGAUUCAGAAAAUUAGCGGAUAUGUAUGGAGACUCUGACGAUGAUAGAACACCACACGAAGAAUCUUGGUGC